UGAUGCUAAGUAUUGUUUUGAUUUGCUUGGUCGUAACAUUUUCAGUUAACGCUGGACGAAAGAAUUUAGGACCUAUAAUAAUAGAAAGAUUUCCACCGACACGGAACACAUUAAAUCGGGUGUGUGCUGACGAUGCUCCUCGGGUUUUCAGGGGCGAGGCAGUUUCAGUUGAUUCUGAAUUUUGUCUACCUGCUCCAGGACCAAUUAAGGGGUGUUUCAAUGUGGACAUCCAUCCACUUUUUGGCCUUGUGUGUCCAAAUAAGGCGUACAUAAAUGGGUUCUUGAACGACGGUAGAAGAAGGCGAAUCCGUUGUUGCUCCGCACUUGGGGUCUCCUAUACAGAUAGAGAGUGUCGGGAAUAUUUCCGGACAAGACAAAACUUCAGAUCACCAUUACCACAAGGUUUUUAUCUAACAGCAAUAAAACCAGCCAUUAUCAAAGGUGUUCGAGGUGAAAUCGUUAGAGGCUGUCUUUACAGAAAUAUUGUGUUUCAUUACGGAGGAAGAAGAGAAUACUAAGCUAAAAAAUAAUUCCGACCACUGAGUUCUCAUGGUGCAGACUGGAAAUCCUCAAGAACAAGAAUGUAAAAAAAGAAAUCUUUGGAAAAAUAUUAUCAAUAUCUGACCGUUAUUUAUCCAGCAAAAUAAAGAAUUUGUAAUGCAGUUCAAUCUUUUUCCAUGAAACAAAUUUCUUUCAUGUUAAGUGUGUUUUAAAAUCUAUGUUUGUUGGUCUUGUUCUUUUAUUUAUAAUCCGUCUAUUUAGUUUCUGCUUUGUUCUGAUUGAUUUAACCCCCUGAGCCAGUUCGCAGAAAUGUUAGUGGCAAAUUUCACCAC